CGUCACCGCCGCACACGCCCGCGCCUUCCUCCUCGCCACGCCUGCUCUUCCACAUUGCUUCCUCGCACCUGCCUUUCUGCAAAGCCUCUCUCACAAGCUUCACUGCGUCUGCGCCGCCAUGCUGGCUCCCGCCUCUAGCUCCGCGCGCCGCCUCGCCGUGCGUGCAGCGGCACCGGCCGUGCGCGCCUUCUCUUGCGCCUCGAGUCUGCGUACUCCGUCCGCCAGCGCCUUUGCGGCACCGACAUUACGGCACAGCCAUGCGCCGGCACCAGCGCGCUCGCUGCUGUGUGCCGUCGGCGUGCCUGCUCGGCCACGCACGCCAGUGCUGUCCGGCGCCCGCGCACAGUCCACCGAUGCCUCCAGCUCUGGCUCGGCCUCGUCUGCCUCGGAGCGGCAAGUGGUAGCCACCUACACGGCGCCCAUGGCUCGCAUGUUCCGCCGGCUCAAGCUCUUCUCCCUCACCACUCUGUCCCUCUCCAUCGGCCUCACUCCUGCGCUGCUCCUGGCGCCGGGCACCAUGCCCCUCUCUGCGCGCCUUGGCGUCUCGGGCGCCGUGCUGGCCACUUCGGCGUCUGCCACUGGACUCAUCGCCUUUGUCGGCGGGCCUUACGCCAGUCACAUGCAGCUCUUGGCGCCGACUGCGACGCGCAAAAGCCACGCCAUCGAGCUCGACACGUACAGCUGGCGCAUGCAGCCGUUGCGUACCACCAUUUUCGACCCUUCCGUCAUUCGUCCCACCGAGCGGCCCUUCGCAACAUGGGAGGUUUCCCUCGCUGCGCCCGCCUCCGUCCCCAUCGCCGACGCUUCUGAAGGAGCAGCGCUGCCCGAGCGCAUCCUCGCCGAGACGCGCAACCUCAAGACGGGCGCGUUGCUGGGACGCUUCGUGGCGCGCUACAGCCGCGAUGCUCUGACGAGGACGGAGCAGGGAUGGAAGGCAGAUGGCGUCAUCGUACAGGAGGGUCAGCCGCUCAGACACUUUCAGGUGCACGAGGAGCUGCUCGAUGAGGCUUGGCAGGUGCUGGAGUAGGGGACGGAGCAAUGGAAAGAUGAAAUUUGAGGGGUAUCGAUGUGAUGUGAGGC